CGCUGUGCUCAUUCAGCGCUUAGCAUACAUUUCGGGGCUUUCGGCAGUACGACGCUAACGCUGCGUGCGUGCGGUCUAACGGUAAAAACGUGACGGAGAGAGCGCCAGACACAGACAGGCGUGUGAAGUGAGGGAGCGAGCGAGCGAGCGAGCGAGAGAGAGAGUUAGGAGGUGAACGAGAGCGAGCGAGGCGAGGCGAGACAGAUAGAAGUCCGCGUUAAGAAGAAAAUCAAACAGAGCAAGAAGCAGCAGAGGGCACAAAUUUUGUUCUUAAUUUUUUGUUGUUGUUCAGUGCUCAAAAAAUUCAAGUUACAAUAAUUGAUGGAAAACUGAUAAAGCCCCGGAAUCCAGAGUUCAACACACAAGCGAUAAGCAAUACACAAAUACACACACACACACACACAUAGAAGCUCGCAAUCGCAAUCGAGCUCGCACCCGAAACUGUGCUGAAGGAGAAGCAAAAGCAGCAGAGGAGAAAGCAGCAGCGUAACGGCAUCUAGUAACUUUUUUUUUGGGUCCGCGAUGAUGGAGCAAGGUGCACGGAAACAGACAGCGACAACCGCAACGACGACGACGACGCGGAGUAAAAGCAGCGCCAGCGAAGCGCCCAGCAUUGUGGCCAGCACCAGCACCAGCACCACCACCACCACCUCCUCCUCAUCAUCGUCAUCCUCGUCGGCCACCUGCUCGGCGACGGUUGUGGUUAAGCAGCGGCCGCCACCGCUGAAGACGGCAACGACAACGGUGACCACGACGCUGGUCAGCAGCAAUGAGGGCGGACAGCCGCUGCCACCCAUUGCCCAGGCCAGCUGCCGUGCGGGCGGCAUUGCCACCCUGACAACACCCUCAACGCCGAGGAUCGAGCUGAGUCGCGCCUCCAGCUCAUCGCACCACGAGGAGGAUAGCCGUGAGAGCAGUCCCGAGAAUGUCUUCGAGCAGGUCGGCACUGGCACCCUACAGGAAACAAUUGGCCUUGGCUUUCGGGAGGAGGGCGCCCUGGAGCUACGCAGCUCCACCGAGGAACUCUACUUCAUGGAUCCCGAACAGAAAAAGGAGGAGCAGGAGCGAAUGCAACAGCAGCAACAGCAACAGCAGCAGCAGCAGCAACAGCAACAGCAACAGCAGCAGGCGACCACGAAGCGCUCCUCGCCGCACAUCUUCAAGUUUGACGACCAUCAGAGCUACCUGCAGCAGCACCAGCGCAAGGACUCGGCCAGCUCGGAGGUGGCCGCCUUGCUCUGCAUCUCGGGCCGCACCAGCCGCAUCUCGAGUGUCGGCAGCCAGGGCUCGGCCGUGAGCCGCCUCUCCGCGGUGUCCGGCGUCUCGCGCUCACCCUCGCCCCAUCGCAUGCUGCUGGAGACUUCCUUCUGCGGUCCCAAGCCACUGGAGCAGACCUCCGCGGCGGCCAGCUCCUCCGCCCACAGUCACGCAGCGACCUCGGCGGCUGGCGGGGGCGUGGUCACGGGCGGAGUGCCCGGCGGUGUGGCGGCCAAUACGGCGCUGCUGGAGCAGCUGCUGCUGGCGCGCAAGCACGAUCCCACCCAGGCGGUGCUGGCCGAAGGCAUCAAGGUGCUGCCCCCAGCCCCAGGCACAGGCACAGGCACCAGCAGCGGCAGCCGCAGAAGCAAGCUGGCCAACGGCGGGGACCCAAAGGCCAAGGCAGCCGCCGGCAGCUCAACGAUCAUGGGCGGACAGCGGCGGAGCACCAAGAGUCCCGGCCAGAUGGUCAUCGGCAAGACGCCCAGCGGCACGGAGUACAUUCGAAUCAAUCUGCGCCCGGAUCACAUGUACAGCGACAGGGGCAUAGCGGCCAACGAGCGUGUGGUGGAGGCGCCCAACCAGCUGACGCCCGUCUACUCAGCCUCCGCCUCCGCCUCCGCCGGACAGCCCAAGCCACCCGCCUCGCUGAGCCUGCAGGGCGGUGGCGCCGUGGCCGGGCACGACGAGAACCGCUUGACGCCAACGGCAAGCCCCAAGCCCGGUCGGCAUGCCCUGCGGCUGGGCAGUCGCUCGCCCUCGCCUUCGCCGGCGGCGGCUUCUGUGUCGCGCAAAAGCUCCUUCAGCUCCCUCUUCCGGCUGGGCAAGGACUCGCCGGACUCGCCGCGGGACUCCGCCCGCUCGCGCAGCAAAAGCAAGGAGCGCUCGGGGGCGGCGGCAGCGACGGCAACAACGGCCACCGGCUCCUCCCAGAAUGUGACGCCCAGCAAGCAAAAGUCGGUGCUGGCCAUCUUCAAGUCGGGCAAGCGGGGCAGCAGCAGCGGCGGCGGCGGCGGCACCGAUGGCACCAAGAGCUCCAAGAGCUCCUCCCCCAUCGAGCCGAGCUGCGAGCCACCGCCGCCACCACCGCCGGCACCCGGCUCGGCGGGCUCAUCGGGCGGACGCAGCCGCACUCCGGCGGGGAGUCGGCCGGGCAGUCGCCUGCGGUACUACGAUGAGCCGGUGGAGGGUGUCAUCCACAUACCGCUGCACACGCCGCCGGAGGAGCGGGAGGCACGCACCCUGCUGCAGGGCAUACAGAAUCUGAUUGCAGCGCCCUCCCCGCCGCCCAUCCAGGCCCGGACACCGCAGCCAUCGGCACAGUCGCAGUCGCAGUCGCAGUUGCAGCAGCUGCCGGCCGCCUCCUGUGGAGCCGUGCCGGUGACCGGCAAUGGAUCGGGAGCCACCAUCACGGCCAGUCAGUUGGCGGCGGCCGCCGCUGCCCUGCGACCUGUGGGCCAGCGGAAGGCGGUGGCCCAGCGGCCGGACCUGGACGCCAUUCAGUCGCUGCCCUCGCAGGAGGAGGUGGAGAAGGAGAAGGACUGGAGCCAGGAGGUGCAAGCGCAAUCGGUGAGCUCCGUGGUGAGUGCCCGAGCCUCCAACCUGGCCCAGAUCCACCAGGAGCAAACGCCCGAGACGGAGCCCGAGCCCCCGUCCGUGCGGGAGAAUGGUCUGGGGGAGAUGCAGCGCCUGCCGUCGGUGGACAGCACGCAGAGUGCCUGCGAGCCGCCACGCCUGGUGCACACGGUGGCCACCGUCAGUGCGCCCCAAACGGAGGAUGCCGCCGCCAAGGAGCGGCGCCGUCUGCUGUUCGCCACGCGGCUGGGCUCCGGCAGCCAGGAGCAGAUCUUCUCCACGCAGUUCAGCAUCUCGAAGACGGAGAGCCAGUCCAGCCAGCUGUCCGAACAGGUGCUGGAGUCCGGCAGCAAUUCGACGGCCUCGGACGCGCCACCAACCACCGCCAGCGCCACCGCCGACGGACUGCAGCGUCAGGGCACGGUCAUUCGUCGCUCGGAGUUGGGCUCCAGCGUGCCACCGCCGCCGCCACCGCGUGGCAUCUCCAGCUCCGAGGAGGAGCAGCCGCCGGAGAGGAGCCACCUGCCAGCGGCAGUCGUGAUGCGCUCCAAGCACAGAUCGCGUCCAACCUCCGAGGACGAGGCGCCGGCAGCAGCCCCAGCCGCGGAUCUGCGCCACUCGCGUUACCUCGAGAAUUUCGAUGUGCGCCGCAAGCUGCACGAGAAUGUGCCCCCCGAGGGCAGGGAGCUGCGGCGCAGGCAGCAGGAGGGUGGAGCUGCCGCUGCAAGUGCCAUUCCGGUGCCACGGAAGCCCAAGCGGCAGAGUGUUCCCGAGUCCCGACGCGAAACCUCGCAGAGCUCUGGCGGUGCCACGCCCACUACACCAACACCCACAGCCACACCCACACCCACACCCACACCUGCAGCUGCAGCUGCCGUAUCCGCUGGAGGCAGGCCAGCAACGCCAACUGGAAAGGGUUCGGGACUGGAUACUCCAACGCCCACGGCCAGCCCCGAGCCAAUGCUCGCCUCGCCCCUGGCCGAGCGGCGCUUGUCGUUGUCCACGGACGAGCACGAGCCCGUGGAGUCGUCGGAGAGUGAACGCGACUCGGACAUGGCUGGCAGCUCGUCGGUGACGACAGCCGUGGCCGUGGGCGGCGAGGGUCAGGGUCAGGGCCAGGGUCAGGGCAAGCGGCAUCACUUUCCGCGCAACGUUUGCGUCAUCGAGGAGCACGAGAGCACCGGCCUGGUGUCGCAGGAGUCCUUCGACGACGAGCUGCCGUACAUACCGACAACGCUGCCGGAGGAGCGGGCGCAGGGGGUGCCCCUCAUACCGAUGAAGGAGCGCGCCAACAUGGAGCUGAAGACGUGUCCCGUGGACAGGCCACGCUCGACAACGCCGCUGAAUCCCUCGCACCUGGAGGAGUACUGCACGGGCAUCAUGACGCCCCAGGAGGCGCCACAUGCGGCAGUCCAUGAGCUGGACAAUGGAGCGGCAGCAGCAGCAGCUGGAGGAGGGGCUGCAGGAGGGGCUGCAGGAGGAGCAGCCGCUGGUCCUGUGAGGGGAGAAAAGCUGAGAAUCAGCCUGCCGCGCAAGGAGUCGGUGGGCAAGGAGGGCAGGGCCGGGCCGGGCCAGAGCGCCAAGUCCCCGCGACGCAUCUCCAAUGCCAGCGGCAAGUCCUGGUUCGAGUUCGCGGAGGAGGGACUCCGCGCCAACAAUCUGGAGCGCAAGGACUCCAGCAAGCAGUUGCUGCCAGCUCAAGGCGCAGUUCCAGCACCAGCACCCGUUCCCGCAGCCGCUCCAACUCCAGCCGCGACCGGCCUGGAGGAGCCCAAGCCAAAGGCCUCCACACAGCGCAAGCUCUCGGGCCACUGGAUUGACUUUGAGAACAUUCCGGAGAAGCGGAAGCCAGCCAAGCGGAUCACCACGCUGCCCAAGGAGACGAUUGCCGCCAGCAACACGGCCACCACCAGCUCCUCGUCGGCCUGCGGCAGUGGCCAUCGCUCCGGCGGCUCCGUGCCUGGCUCUGGCUCGGGGCAUCAUCAUCAUCAUCACCAGCACCAGCACCAGCACCAGGCGCGGCCUGGCUCGCAGGAGGUGAACACUGCUGGCGCCAGCGACAAGCUGCACUACAACUACGUGAAGCCGGAGGACUGCCAAUGCGAGUGCCACGAGGCGGAGCGCGGUGAGUCCUCCACGGCCACCAUGGGCGCUGGGGACAGCAGCACCGGCACCGGCACCGGCACGGGCACGACCAGUGAGUCGCUGGCCUCCGUGGAUCUGCUGCAGCAGGGUGAGGACAUGCUGCCACUGCUCGAGCCCGAACCGCAGCCAGAGAGAAGAGUCUAUGCGGACGAGGAGUUGCCCGCUCCAAUGCUCCGACACUCCGGCAAAAGUAGCGCCGCAGCUCGGACACAAAUGGAGGAGUUUCCACGACGUGACAUUGGUUCGAGUCCAAGGAAUCGAAAAUUUCCGGAUAGGAAGUAAGAAGAGAAGUUUGCUCGCUCAUGGCCCAUGGCUCACGGUAGAUCUUCAGGGUAGUUACAUGCAGUAAUCUCUUUCUACUUAUAUACACUCAAGUAACUAGAAACUAUCAGUAAGUAAACUAAACUAAGGGCAACCAAGGUGUGUGUCCUCUUGGCCCAUAUCCUCUGAAUGUACCUCAAGCAGUGUGGUUGUUAUAAGCGGACGACGAUACGAGUGUGUUUCCUUUCGAUUCGAUUUAGCUAAUGCAAAACUCCACUAACUCCAUGUACUACUCCGAUAUAUAACAACACACACACACACACACACACACACACACACAUAUUGUAUAGGGUAUCUUCUAGGGUAAUGGAUUUGUGUGGUGUCUCUUUUUUUUGAUUGGAACUUCACUUGGUAGCAAUCUUGAGGCUGGUCUUAUCCCUAGUAACUUCUUCGCCGGCAAUUUGUACCACUAACUACUACGAGUAUAUGUGAUCUCCCCCCAUGAAAAUGUUGAAUCAAAUUGAUCAGAUGACAAUGCAAACGAAACAGAUAAAUGUAUGUAGCCAUAAGAGAGGGAAAUCUACUGGAGAUCCCUUGGGUGCCCGUGGAAUGUGCCCGCCCGAUACGUUAUACACUUACAAUUAUUAGCCUGAUUCAUAGCAUUUAGUUAGUUAGUUGUACAUACAUUUAAUCUAUAUUUACAUGUACGCUUAUGGUUUGGUUUUUACUUAGUUUUUGCCUUGAAGAAUAUCUCACCAGAUAACUGACAAUUAUUGUAUGGGUUUACUCUGUACUCUAUAUUAUAUAUAGCCAAUGAAACUGCCAGCACACAUUUUGGCUUGGUUGCCAUUUUUGGUGGCAUGCUGCAGCUGUUGGAAACCGGUUGAUUAACACUCAACAGAAGGUUUAUGCGCCAAGCAUGACUAUCGCGAUCAACCCUCUCACCGACUAUUUGCUUCGACAAACUAUUCGCCAUGGAAAACAUACUUAUUAGGAAACCAAAUGGAAACCCCUUAGCUAGUCUUUAAAAUAACUCAAAAUUGAACUUAGCGGACAACGGACAUUCAUUGGAUUGAAGCAAAUAAAUUAAGCAAAUAAAAGUGAAUAUAACAUUAAAUAGGAGAUGCGAGGAUGGGUAAGCGAAUGGAAAAGGAAAAGCUAUAGCUAAAUUAUACAAUAAAUUGAAGAACAUUGAAAAUGUUCAAAGCAGACAAGAGGGAAUAAGCAAGCUAUAAUAAUAAAACGACAACUGUACACGAGUUUAGCGAAAGAAUUUCAACAUAAGCACACACGACGUUGCGCAUCGAGAGACCCCCCUAUUAAGCAUACAAAUGCUGGGAGCAGUAAGACUCUUUUUUUUUUUUUUGUUGGGCAGCAGAAGAGCACAAAAUGCACUGGAAAUAUAUAGGAGAUACUUGCGAGUACCAGCAAGUACCAGUAGAGAGGUAAAGAUCUUAAGAGUUCAUAUACAUAAUUAUACAUAUAUUCAUAUAAAUAGUUACCCGUUCGCACACGCAGAAGUUCUUUCCCUUUUCCGAAUCUUGUUCUCAAAUUUUUGAAUAUUUCUAUUUGUUUUUUGAAUACACUUUUUUUGUAUUAAAUAAAAGACGAGCGAAGAAAAUGUUGUUAAAAAUGCAUUUAAAUUGAAAGAAAACAAAAAGCAAAAGUAAAUAAAUAAAGAGAGAGUUGAACGUUUAAAUAAGCAAAGAAAUAAUAUGUAUUGAAAAUUGUUACCAAAAUUUAAGCAUUCAUAGAAACCAAGAGAAAAAC